UCCAUCACCUACGGCAGCUCAGGGAGGGCGCUGAGCCCCCAGGCAGUAAGUGAAGCCCAUGACCUCUUCGACACCCUCCUGGCCUCUGCCCGUGAUUUUCUGGGUGCCAAGGAGCCACCAGUGCCCAGUGUGGGAGAGUACGUGCGGGCAGAGAUCACACGCAGGGUCCCCGCUUUGGGGGGGGGCAAGGAAGAUGCCCGACGGCUCCAGCUGGCCAUCCUUGCCACGUGCCUCAAGCUGGAAUGUUGCAUCAGUGGCACCCACAGCAUGGACCUGGUGGCCCUGGAGCCCUUUGGGGAGUACAUCUCCCUGCCAGGCCUGGACUGCACUUUCCCGGGUGGCUACAGCAGCUUGCCCGAGCACAUGCUCUCAGCUCUGCCAGAAGGCACCGUCCUGCUCAACAAGGCAGUGAGGACCAUCCAGUGGCAAGGGUCCUUCCGUGAGGAAGAGGAUAAUGCCAGGGAUUUCCCUGUCCAUGUGGAGUGUGAGGAUGGAGACACCUUCCUUGCUGACCACGUCAUCGUCACCGUCCCACUAGGUUUCCUCAAGGAACGCCACCAGGACUUCUUCCAGCCUCCCCUGCCCGAGCAGAAAGCAGAGGCCAUUCGCCACCUGGGUUUUGGCACCAACAACAAGAUCUUCCUGGAGUUCGAGCAGCCUUUCUGGGAGCCCCAGCAGGAGCUCAUCAAUGUGGUGUGGGAGGAUGAGUCUCCCCUUGAGAAGCCCAGCACCAACCUAGAAGCUAGCUGGUUCAAGAAGCUCAUUGGAUUCGUAGUCCUCCAACCACCAGAGCAGCACGGGCAUGUCCUCUGUGGCUUCAUUGCAGGGAAGGAGUCAGAGUACAUGGAGACACUGAGUGAUGCAGAGGUUCUCAGCACCAUGACACACGUGCUCCGCACACUUACAGGGAACCUGCUCCUGCCCGCUCCUAGGAGCAUGCUCCGGUCCCGGUGGCACAGCGCUCCCUACACCCAGGGCUCCUACAGCUACGUGGCCGUUGGCAGCUCUGGGGAUGACAUUGACAUCUUGGCUCAGCCCCUGCCUGAGGACCCUGAAGACCCCAGGCCCCUGCAGCUCCUCUUCGCCGGCGAGGCCACGCACCGCACCUUCUACUCCACCACGCACGGGGCGCUGCUGUCGGGCUGGCGAGAGGCCGAGCGCCUCAACCAGCUCCUUGAGACACCCCUCGGCUCUGAGGUGCAGAAAUAA